AUGAUCAAGUCUGCCUUUUUUAUUGUUGCUCUUUUCCAGUUUCUGAGCUAUGUUAAUGCAGGCUCAUAUACAUUUGAGCUGCCUGAUGGAGACAGUCGUUGCUUUUAUGGUAUGCUUCGCGAAAAAGAACGUACAACCGUUGAGUUCCAGGUUAUAUCCGGUGGGAACUUCGAUGUUGAUGUCACAUUCCGUGAUCCAUUCAAAAAUGUUGUAAAGUCAUUCCAGCGUGAACAGUACGAUUACUUCGAUCUCGAUGUUCAGGUCGCUGGUGAACACGAGGCAAGCAUUUUAUUUGGUGACCGUAAUAUUUGGCUUAACGAAUUCUCCUCGGUAACACACAAGGUCGUUUACAUGAAUUGGGAAAUGGAGUCUGAACGGGAAAAGGAUCUGUCUGACGAUCAACAAUCACCAUUGACAAUGAUGGACAGUGUUGUGGUGGCUAUUCACGAGAACCUCAGAAAAGCUGCAUCAGCUCAGACUAAGGUGCGUCUGCAAGAGGCCUCAUCUCGAAGCUUCGUGGAAGCCCUCAACGACCGGGUAACUUUGGGCUCGAUAAUCCACGCCCUCGUCAUAGUCGUCGUCGCCGUUGGUCAAGUCUACCUUCUGCGGUCCCUGUUCAAAGAACCCACGCACCACCGGAUUGCCAGGGCCACUCCAAUGUCCACUGUGCACAACGUCGGGUAUUAA